AUGAAAGGUCCGGGUAGUAAAGAACUGCAUGUUGUGUAUGUUUACGAAAAAAAAACAAAAACCAUUACUUUUGCAAAAGUUGCUAUUUCUGGGUUUAUUCAGCUGAUACAUGGCUGCUACAUUUCCUCAACAACUUCUGGUGAAGCCAAUCCACUUUUUCAAGAUCAUAACCGCUCACAAUGUUCAUGAAGGAAAGCUAAUGAUCCCAAAUAAGUUUGUGAAGAAAUAUGGAAAACGCUUACAAAAUACUCUAUUUCUGAAGACUCCAAAUGGUGCUGAAUGGAAAAUGAUUUUGAAAAAACGUGACGGUAAAAUAUGGUUUCAAAAGGGAUGGAAAGAGUUUGCAGAGUAUCACUCUCUAGCUCAUGGCCAUCUUUUGGUUUUCAGAUGGGAUGUAACUUCUCAUUUUCAGGUACACAUCUUUGAUUUGAGUGCCUUAGAGAUUGAGUACCCUACCGAAAUAAUAAAAGGUAAAACAGCCUCCAAUAGAAAAGGAAAUGAAUCUCCAGGUGAUGAACAUUUGGAGUGUCACAGAUCAGGUCAAAAGAGAAAAGUUAACUCAGUUGAAUUUCUUCAACAAUGUCAAAUGAGAAGUCGCAAGUGUGUUAAAGUUGAGAACACGAUGAUACUGCCAAGGCAGGCUCUGCAUCACACUGCCACAAAAUGCAAAGGAAAAUCGAAGGCUAUGGAUAACCAAGUUACAGCUCUUGAUAGAGCAAGUUCUUUCAAAUCUUGUAAUCCAUUCUUCUUGACCGUCAUGCAUCGAACCCACAUCAGUUCUCACGGUAGUCUGAACUUACCAAUGAAGUUCUGUAGGAGUCACCUUGAUUUGCACAAGAAGCGGAGACUUAUCAGCCUUCAGGUGUUAAGUGGGAGAAUUUGGCCUGCAAAGUAUCAGAUCCAUAAACAAAAGACUGCUAUAAGAUUUAAACUCUCAUGGAACGCAUUUGUCAAGGACAAUAACUUGAAAGUUGGUGAUGUUUGCAUCUUUGAACUCGUUCAUGGAACUAAACUAACCUUCCUGGUUCACAUCUUCAGAGAGACAGAUAGUUCAAAUUGUUCAACGUCUCAAGAAUCUGGUCAAAUGAGAGCAGCUUGUCAAAGUCAGAGAAAAGAAUUGAAAACCAUCACUGCUACCAAAUAAUUAUCAACAAAGACUUUCAGUUCUCUUGUAUGAAGCUUAACAUGGGCCGGGAUUCAACACUUUUUUUGAAGCCUACUACCAAAUAUUUGGCUUUUGUAGGGAUUACCUGCUACUUGAUGACAUAUGUAUUUAUGAAAGUGGAGAUAACUUCAGGUUUUUGAAUGAGUUUAUUCGAUUCACUUAACACCUGAAAAGUUAGAAAUAGCUAUUUUUGAAAUUAGAAGUUAUUCUGUUUAGAUGUUGCUUUUAAACUUGUCCAAUACCGACAUAUUGUUGCUAUGUAUUGUCUUAUAUUAUGUACGAAAGCUUGUUGACAUUAACAACUUAUGAUUUCUGCUUGUUUUUU